UGUGUGAUACAGGGGACUGUGUUUGAGGAGAGAAUUACAGAUCUGCGUGUGUCGGAGUUCUUAUGCUAUGGUCCUCAAAAAGAGGCAGGGAAACAUGGAAACGCCUUGCUUAGGAAGACCAAAGAUGGCAAAAUUGUUGAGUGGAAUGUUGAAACUGAUGACUUUCUCUGUACACUCGAAGAAGCCUUCCUCAGUGUUGAACCUUCUCUGGGUUUCAACGUUGAGUUGAAAUUUGAUGACCACAUUGUCUAUGACCAAGACUAUUUCAUCCACGUCCUUCAAGUCGUCUUACAGGUUGUGUUUGGUUAUGCCAAGGACAGACCAAUCAUCUUCUCAUCCUUCCAUCCUGAUGCAGCCUUGCUUAUUAGAAAAUUUCAGGACAAAUAUCCUGUAUUCUUUUUGACAAAUGGUGGAACAGAGAUUUUCUAUGAUGUAAGGAGGAAUUCCUUGGAGGAAGCCAUAAAGGUGUGUUUGGAAGGUGGUCUCCAAGGAAUAGUCUCAGAGGUUAAAGGAGUUUUCAGAAAUCCAGGAGCAGUACCCAAAAUCAAAGACUCCAAACUUUCCCUCCUUACCUACGGCAAAUUGAAUAAUGUAGCUGAAGCGGUUUACAUGCAACACCUGAUGGGAAUAGAUGGAGUGAUAGUUGAUCUUGUCAAAGAAAUUACAGAAUCAAUUUCUGAUUUGAUGAAGCCUUCAAAUGAUGAGGAGGAGAAUAGUGUUGAUUCUGCCAAAUCAAAGCCCAAGUUUACAGAGCAGGAGCUUUCCUUCCUGUUGAAGCUCAUUCCUGAAUUGAUACAGAUUUGAUAUUAAUCAUUACACUAUUAUUUAUGUACAAAGUACACUAGUACACUGCUGAGCCUGAUUUUUUUUACCCUUUUUUCGUCUUUAUUUUUCUGUGUUUUUUUCUCCACCUUUAUUGUGGUCAUACUUAGCAAUGCUGCACAAAAUUUUCUCAUAAUUGAGUUCCUCAGAAGUCAAUACAACAAUGGUGGGCAUCUUUCUUUUC